CGCCCCUAUUCUUGUAGUUUGUUCCCCAGCGCGCGUAGAUCCUAUGGACCCCACGUGUCAAGAGAGUCCUGCAGAGGACUCAAACAAUGAAGAAGACCUUGACUCCACGAAGGCAGCACCCCGGAUCCGUGAUACCCCAGAAGACAUCGUGCUGGAAGCGCCAGCCAGUGGCCUGGCGUUCCAUCCGACUCGAGAUCUGCUGGCAGCGGGGGACGUGGAUGGGGACGUGUUCGUCUUUGCCUACUCUUGUCAGGAGGGAGAAACCAAGGAGCUGUGGUCCUCAGGACACCACCUCAAGUCCUGCCGAGCUGUUGUCUUCUCAGAGGAUGGGCAGAAACUUGUUACUGUCUCUAAGGACAAAGCAAUCCAUGUACUAGAUGUGGAACAGGGACAAUUGGAAAGACGGAUUUCCAAGGCUCACAGUGCCCCCAUUAACAGUCUGCUGCUCGUGGAUGAGAAUGUUCUGGUUACUGGGGAUGACACUGGUGGCAUCCGGCUAUGGGACCAGCGUAAAGAGGGCCCUUUGAUGGAUAUGCGGCAGCAUGAGGAGUAUAUUGCUGACAUGGCUCUAGACCCAGCCAAAAAGCUGCUGCUGACAGCCAGCGGAGAUGGCUGCCUUGGUGUCUUCAACAUCAAGAGACGCCGGUUUGAGUUACUCUCAGAGCCUCAGUCAGGAGAUCUAACCUCCGUCGCCCUCAUGAAAUACGGGAAGAAGGUGGCCUGUGGGUCUAGCGAAGGUACCAUCUACCUCUUCAAUUGGAACGGUUUCGGGGCCACAAGUGAUCGCUUUGCCCUGAGAGCGGAGUCCAUCGACUGCAUGGUUCCAGUCACUGAGAAUCUGCUGUGCACUGGCUCUACUGACGGAAUCAUCAGGGCUGUGAACAUCCUGCCCAACCGAGUGGUAGGCACCGUGGGCCAGCAUGCCGGGGAGCCUGUGGAGGAGCUAGCCCUAUCCCACUGUGGCCACUUUCUGGCCAGUAGUGGCCAUGACCAGCGCCUCAAAUUUUGGGACAUGACUCAGCUUCGAACUGUGGUUGUGGAUGACUAUCGUCGACGCAAGAAAAAAGGAGGGCCGCUUCGUGCCCUGAGCAGUAAAGCUUGGAGCACGGACGAUUUCUUUGCAGGGUUGAGAGAAGAUGAGGAGGAGGCCAAGGCUCCAGAGGAGGUGUCGGGGGAGAGCGAUGAUGACAGUGACUGAGGGACAAGGAGCUGUUUUCUGGGACAGAUUCCCUAACGGAAUCUGUUGAUGUUGUAGACUGAUCCUGCUACCUUGAACAGGAUAAGCUUAGCUCUACCACUGAGCUACACCCCACUCCCCAGACAGGAGAUCUCUAUUCUACUGAAUCAUGUAAGACACACACGAACUCAGGGCCCCGAAGUAGGAGAGUAUUUGUUCUGCCUAUUGUAAAACAAUCUCUACUACCACUAUAGCAAGACAACACAGAAACAUGUAUACCAACCAGGGUUUUAAUAUAAAUAAAACCGGUAUAGGAAAACAAGAACCAUAUAAGCCCAAACCAGUGACCAGUGGUGGGAGGAAGGGCUCUUUGGUUCAGCCAGUUCUCCAAAUAAAACACAGAUUCAUAGUAA